AUGGCUUCUCUUGUUCGGUGUACUCGACUAUGUUUGGAUACAAGUAACUGUAAAUCUUUAUUUUAUGAUAAAGAAAGCAGGCGAUGCCAAUUACAUAGCGCUCCGACAUACAAGGUAACCGAUUGUGUGGACGAAAUAGGAUGGAGGUUUUACACAAAGUAUCCAGGUAUUGAUCUUAUUGAUACGACAAGUCCAUCUGAAACAACCCCUGUACCAUCUGAAACAACUCGUGUAACAUCUGAAACACCUCGUGUACCAUCAUAUGUUGAAGUUAAUUGUCCGAUAGGAACUGGAUACACUUAUCAUUUGUUUACGGAUUCUUGUAUUAAAGCAUACAACAGUAACCCAGUAAAGCUUUCUGUUGCGACAACAAAGUGUCAACAGGAAGGAAAAGAGCUAGUUAGUAUAACAAACUUCUACAAAUGGCAGUUUGUCAGCACGAUUAUUGGUACGACCGGUAACAGCUACUAUUACAUUCAAGGGACGAAAGAUGGAACUGGAGUGUGGAAGUUAGAUGAUGGUUACGUAAUGACGUACUUUAUAUGGGGAUCAGGCGAACCAGCCUCAGUAUCUGCAAAUGAAAAUAAUGUUAUUCUCUGGACUGCAGACUAUGCAAAAAUGUACGAUGUAAGAGGGACCAAUCUAUAUGGAUAUAUAUGUGAAUUAGUCCCUCCAUUACAAAUAUGA